UGAUUUCUUGUUGUGGCUGAGGAUGCAUUCAAUAUGGUGUUGGAAUCUGAAGAACCAGCAGAAAACAUCUUAAUCAGAGAAACUUUGUUUGUUCAGAGGAUGGAUCAUGAGCAAUUGAGGAUGCAUUCAAUCUGAAGAACCAGCAAAAACAUGUUAAUUGGAGCAACUUUGUUUGUUCAGAGGAUGGAUCAUGAGGAAUUGAGGAUGCUUUCAAUAUGAAGAACCAGCAAAAACAUGUUAAUCAGAGCAACUUUGUUUGUUGAAAGGAUGGAUCAUGAUGAUGACCUACCGAAAUGGAUCGACGCAUUUUAUCCGUGAUUGCCGGUACGAGGCUUUCGGUGUUUGUUCAUGACACUAAAAAAUGUCAGAAGCAUAUCUUAGCAUGCCAACAAGAAUUACCCCAACCAUGUGGAAGGAGACAAAAUAAAUCACAAGCUUAGCUCUCAUUUUGAUCCUCGGAAAAUGAAACCAAAUUCAGUGAGUUCGAUCGUAUAGAAAAGAAAUGUGGCUGUACAAAUGCAAUGGAAAUCCGAGUUCAAAACAAAGAAAGUUGUGUUCUUUAGAAUAGCUAAAAUCAAAGAAGAAUUCACUGCUUAAUGAUGCAAACUUCACGUUGGAGAAUGAAAGAUAUGGCUCUCCAAACGUUGUAAUUCCCAAAUCAAAGAUGUUUUCAGCCAUUUCUGCUGAUUGAGAGGGAACUGUGGAUGGCAUCAGCCUCAGAGCAGCAAAAGAGAAGGUGAUUUCUUUAUCGUUGUUGGACAAGUAAACGCACGUAGGAAUUCUAUAGUUUGCUUGUUGAGGGAGCUUAGCAGCACAGCGGGAUCAAAGAGGAAACCGAAGACUGCCUCCUCAUUUCAUAUCAGGAAAAGAAAAAUGAAAGUUGCUUGAAUAUUAUUAUAUAUAUACAUUAUGAGGUUGAUAUGUGGGUGACGAAAGUGGUGACACAAAAGAAGAUCUACACAAGCUUUUGGUGAUGGCUUUAAGGUGGAUCCCAGUGGGAGGGUGAGAUAUGCUGCUGAAUGAUUGAUUACAUCUCAAAUGGUUGAUAAAUGGUUGGCACAGCUAACAUGAAAAUGACUGAAUAGUUCACAUAUCUUUUCAAGGAGUGGUCAGUGGUGGGUGACACAUUGCUUGAUCCACAUGCUAAACUCCUCAUGACUAUACUGGUCUAACACACAAUAGAUUAGUUGUUUCAGAUGUUCAUGGUGAUUGAUGUGCACAAAACUCUUUCCAAUGGCAUUCUUGAGUUGCAGAAUUUUUUUCUUGAAGGAUUUAUAACUGGUAGAGAUGAAUGCAUUGGCCGGUGAUAAGUUCGUUUCCUCAAAUUUAAAAAAAAAAAAAAUUCCUCCACUCUUCAUAAUGUUUCAUCAUUCUGAUUUAUCUUGGCCUUUUGAGAGUUGAUGGUCAUCUAAUAUGAUAGAGAAAAUUAAAGAAUUGCUUCAUGGUUUUGAUGUUUAUGAGGUGGAAAUAAGAUAGUUGGCAGCACCAUUUCUUGGUGGAAGAAGACAGCUUGUAACAAGGAAGCAACAGCAAUGUGGAUGUUUCAUGUUUACCACUGAAAAAUGAGAUAAACACUUAGUUUUGCUUUUGUUAUUGUGGCAGUACACUGCAAAGAUGAUGAUGCAGCAUCACAGCAGUGUAUUCUAAUCUGACCUAUGCAUCUCAGAAACCAAACACUGACUGCACUACAACUUGCAGAAUAUGACUGCAGAGCAAACUUAAAUCGGAUUUCUUAAGGCAGUAUUAUUGGUUUUACUUGGCAAGAUGAAGUAGUUACCCUAGUAAAGAUCUGAUGGAGAGAAUAGCAUGAGAUCAGUUUGUCUCUUCAUCAAACUACUGAUUCAUUCUGAGCAGAAGAAAAAAGGUUCAGAUGUAGAUCAAUCAGAAUUUGGACAUUCUGAUCCAACUGCUACAGAAUCUUAGACUGAAAAGGAAAUCAUUAACCAGAACUCUGCUAUUCUUGAUUCUUUCUCAGUCACUUACAGAGUUUGAGCUGAACAAUUAUGAUGGUGGGGUGGGGUGGGGUUUCUCAUGCUGAUACAAUAUAAAAUGCCUCUAACUACUGAUGCAUGCAGGCAUAAGAACACCAAGCCGUGAAGGCACUUGCAGCACUUCAUACGGCAACAAAAACAAGUGCAAGUUGAUCAGCCUGCAAAGAUAAUUCUCUGUGGGUAAAAACCUGACAAUGGAUCUCCCAGCUUGCUUAAACCACUAACUUGCUCUGGUUAAUUAGGUCAGUUUGCUCUCUAACCGAGAUUUAGAAUUCCUUGUAACACACAAUGAACAUCCACUUUCACUUGAAUCACCCAUUACAACACUUCAAAGAAUGUUGUUCUCGCCUUCCGAUCCGACUCAAAUGCUCUUAGUGAUUUAGAAACUCGAAGAAAAAGAUGUUCAGCAUCAUUACAGCAGCACUGUUAUCGACUAAUUACUUGUGUUAUUUUAAUUACUUCUGUUCUCCUUGCCAAAUCAGACAUUUCCUGAUCAUUUAAUUCAGUUCUUGAUCCCAAAUCAAAUGCAGAGUGAGUGCCGUGUCAAACAGAGGGAAACAAGUGUAUGAAUCUUCCUCGGCAUUGCCUUGCAGAAUCCACUGCCUUCUUUGACUUCUAACCCUUGUCAAGUGGCAUGGCGAACCUAAUCCUCAGCUACUCUCCUGCAGAGGUGUCAUCACAAGCAGUCCUCGGUAUUCCUUCAAUCUCCAAAUGAGAACCCUGAUUACGUGAUCAGAAGAUGCAUGCAUGGAGAUAUUAAAAGAACGUGAAUUCCACAGUAUAUAUCCUUCUCUUCAGAAAUAUACAUCGAUUGACAACCCAAGAGACUGCUUGGUAUUGUAGCAGCAAUGGCGAGGUCUCCUAGUCACGAGGAGAUGGGCAGCGUGAAGAAGGGGCCAUGGACACCGGAGGAGGACAGGAAGCUCAUUGAUUACGUGCAGAAGCAUGGGCGGGGGCACUGGCAUCGCAUCCCCAAGCUGGCCGGCCUGAACCGCUGCGGCAAGAGCUGCAGGCUCCGGUGGACCAAUUACCUCCGACCUGAUAUCAAGAGAGGCAAGUUCACCGAGGAAGAGGAGCAGCUCAUCGUCCACCUCCACUCCCUUCUCGGAAACAAGUGGUCGUCGAUCGCGACGAAGUUACCUGGAAGGACGGACAACGAGAUCAAGAACUACUGGAACACGCACCUGAGGAAGAAGCUCAUGCGAAUGGGGAUCGAUCCGGUGACCCAUAGGCCGACAACGGAUCUCAGCCUGCUGACGAGCCUCUCGAGUUUGCUCUCCGCUGGUAAUCUUGGCUAUACGACGAGCCACUUGGAAACCGCUCUCAAGCUACAGGCAGAAGCUGCACUCCUGGUGCAGAGCCUGAUUCAAGCCCUGACAAGCAGCUCCACUUCAAACAUGGACCUGAUGAACCUCUUCGGAUCACCUUCUCACACAAACUACAAAGCCGGUGACGGCUGCCUCGGCGGCUCAUUCAACCUUCAGAAUUCAGCUUCGGUGAUCCCUUACUGGAACAAGGACUCACAACCUGUUCCGGACUCCAGCUUCUGUAUGGAUGAAGGAGGGGUUACAGCUUGGAGUGCUUCGAGAACAGAAGAGCGUCAGAGCGCCAGUUCAUCGCCAGCUUCAAAUUCUACUCCGCUCUUCGCUUCAGCCUCUUCCGAGGCAGAGAAUGUUGACCUGCUCAAGCUAAGUGAUAGUACAUACGCGAAUUCGUUGUCCUUCACACCAUUUGAGGCUUGGGAAAACCUAAACUUGGAUAGCCUCAUCAGUGAUCUUGGCUGGAAAGAAAUACAAGACCAAAUGCCAUGGCCUAAUGCAUAAACUUCAACUUGUUUGAUAGGUUUUGAGGUAUCAUUUUUUGAUGUAAAGCCUUGCUAUACAUAAGCACAGUUUUCUCUUCCCACUCAAAAUGUAUAGAAGACUAGAGAUGCUAUACAUGAUCUUCUUUUAACAAA